AUGGCUGACAGCGGGGAUGCUGUGAAUAGUACGUCGUCAGGAAAAGAGGCUAGAAAUACCGUUACUGAUGGUCCUGUCACUGAUCCAGCAUCAAACAACAAGAGCUUAGAGGCAUCAAAUAGUGCCUUUCACGGCGCGAGAACAAAAUUAGAUUCUAAGUCCGGAGCCUUGAAAAAGUCCAGUCGUUAUCGCAGUCGCUCUUUGUCAGCUAGUAGCACAGAUAGUUACAGUUCUGCAUCUUAUACAGCAAGUUCAUCAGAUGAAGAUGAUGUAUCACCUCGAGAAAAAAUUCAAAAAACAGAGAAUGGUUUUAUAGAUUUUUGUGUACGCAAUAUUAAUCAACAUGCAUUUGGUAGAAGAGAGAUAGAAAUAGCAGAACAAGAAAUGCCGGGAAUUAUGGCACUUCGUAAGCGCGCUGCCGAAGAUAAGCCAUUGAAAAAUGCUAAAAUUGUGGGAUGCACUCAUAUCAAUGCUCAAACUGCUGUUCUUAUUGAAACUUUAGUUCAUUUGGGAGCACAAGUUAGAUGGGCAGCAUGUAAUAUAUAUUCUACUCAAAAUGAAGUGGCUGCUGCCCUUGCUCAUGCUGGCUAUCCAAUUUUCGCUUGGCGUGGUGAAACAGAAGAAGAUUUUUGGUGGUGUAUUGAUAAAUGUGUAGCUGCUGAAAAUUGGCAGCCUAAUAUGAUAUUAGAUGAUGGUGGAGAUGCAACACAUUUAAUGCUCAAAAAAUAUAAUGCUAUGUUUAAGAUGAUUCAAGGAAUCGUCGAAGAGAGCGUAACAGGUGUACAUAGAUUAUAUCAAUUAUCAAAAGCAGGAAAAUUAUCUGUUCCUGCCAUGAAUGUUAAUGAUAGUGUAACAAAAACCAAAUUUGAUAAUCUUUAUAGCUGCCGCGAAAGUAUUAUUGAUAGUUUGAAAAGAUCCACAGAUAUUAUGUUUGGUGGAAAACAGGUUGUAAUUUGUGGCUAUGGUGAAGUUGGUAAAGGUUGUUGUCAAGCUCUUAAAGGUUUGGGAUGUAUUGUUUAUAUAACUGAAAUCGAUCCAAUUUGUGCUUUACAAGCAAGUAUGGAUGGUUUUAGAGUAAUGAAAUUAAAUGAAGUUAUUCGAAAUGUAGACAUCGUUAUUACCGCAACUGGCAAUAAAAAUGUAGUUACGCGUGAACACAUGGAUAAAAUGAAAAAUGGCUGUGUAGUGUGCAAUAUGGGACACAGUAAUACCGAAAUAGAUAUUAACAGUUUACGCACGCCCGAUUUAACUUGGGAAAAAGUAAGGUCUCAAGUGGAUCAUGUUAUCUGGCCAGAUGGAAAGCGCAUCGUAUUAUUAGCAGAAGGCCGGUUAGUCAACUUGUCUUGUUCCAGUAUUCCUUCGUUUGUUGUGUCGAUUACAGCUGCUACCCAAGCAUUAGCACUGAUUGAACUUUUCAAUGCACCUCCAGGACGGUAUAAAAGUGACGUUUAUCUGUUACCAAAAAAAAUGGACGAAUAUGUGGCAUCAUUACAUUUACCGACAUUUGAUGCGCACUUAACGGAGUUAACGGAUGAACAAGCCAAAUAUAUGGGACUUAAUAAGGCUGGACCUUUUAAGCCUAAUUAUUACCGCUAUUAAAAAUAUAUGGAUAAGUGAUAUGGCAUAGUAUAUGCAAUAUUUGAAAUUUAUGUUUAUAAGUAUUAAAAAAUAGCUGCCUCAUUUUAUUAAAAUCUUUUCUAUUAAUUUCGUCUAAAUUAAUAGAAACAUAUAACAAGGUUUCAUGUUAUCAUUAAUAUUUUAUUUUAUUAUUUUAAAAAAAUAUUUUCUUUAUAUUUCAAAAAGAUAUAUACAUAUUAAUUCUACCAAAAUAUUGCCUCCCAUUACAAUAAUCAAUAAUUAAUUAUAUAUAAAUAUAUAUAUUUAAUUAACAUUCAAAAGUGUAUAGAACUUAUUAAUUUAUGAUUUGUGCAUUUAGAAAUAUAUGUGCAGUUGUUCAUUCGAAUUAAAGUACAAGUUUGCUAAAUGCAGUUUUUACAAAAAUAAUUUAAAAAAAUGUUUGCUGUAAAGAUCUGUAUACGUAAAGUAUAUUUAAUGCUAUAGAUUAUGUAAUUAUUUAGAAAUUUUCAUUGAGAUUAUUUUUGAUGUAUUAGAUGUUACAUUCUGCAUUUUGAACAAUAUUUGGUAACAUUGAAGAUAUGUACAUAUAUAUAGAGAAUUUAUUACAAUUACAAAAUAUUACAAGAUAUUAAUGAAUAUUAAUGAAUUGAAAUACAAUGACAUAUCUUCUGAUGAGUUUAUGUCUUUAUAACUAAAUCUAGUAAUUGUUCACAAUUGGUUACCGCAAUCAUGUAUACUUGAAUUUAGUAUUUCUGAUUUUGUUAUUGAAAAAAAAGAUGAAAUUGUAAAAAUAAAGCAGAUAAAACUAUGUACAUAAUUAUUUAAGAAGAAUUAGAAAAAAAUUAAUCCUUUUAUAAUUGGUCAUAUCAUCCGUCGAUAGAAAAUAAUGGAAAAAUAGAAAUGAAAUAAACGUUUAUGAUGCCUUGAA